AGUAAAACUCAGUCUAACUCAGUAAUGUCGGUCCCAAUUGAUCGUACUGAUAGUGACAGUAGUACUGACGCAUCAUUGGGUAAACUUUCUAUUGAAGAAAAAGUUAUUAAUAGUCUACCAGCUAAUCUUCGUAAGAAAGUUGGACAACCCAUGUCUCCAUUAUCACUUGAUGAUAGUAGUAGUAAACCUCCAACUGCACACACAUUAUCUUCACCUGCAACCGAAAAGGCCAUUGCAUCUAUUGCUCCUAUGUUAGAAGCAUUUGCACCUAAAACUUCAGCACAAGAUUCAGGUAUCCCUACUUCAUCAUCAUUUAAUUCAAGUUCUUCAUCACCAUUAAAUUCUAAUGUUGGAAGUUAUACAAAUGAUGAUUUCCCCUUACAAGAUUAUAAAAAUAAUGUAUCUAAAGCUAAUAGUUCAGAUUCAGCCAAUGAAGAUUUCUUACGUAAAACUAUAUCAAAUACAUCAUCAGCUUCAAGAAAAUCAAUUUCAAUUCAUCGAGAUCCGGUUGGACCUCAAUUACCAAAAAUUGGUAAGAUUGGAGUAUGUGCAAUGGAUGCAAAAGUUAUGUCAAAGCCAUGUAGAAAGAUUUUAAAUCGACUUAUUGAAAAUGGAGAAUUUGAAACUGUUAUAUUUGGUGAUAAAGUUAUACUUGAUGAAGCUAUUGAAAAUUGGCCAACAUGUGAUUUUCUUAUUAGUUUCUUUUCUACAGGAUUCCCAUUAGAUAAAGCAAUUGCUUAUGUUAAUUAUAGAAAACCUUAUAUUAUUAAUGAUUUAGUAUUACAAAAAUCUUUAUGGGAUAGAAGAUUAGUAUUAAGUAUAUUAAAUCAUGCUAAUGUUCCAACACCUGCUAGAUUAGAAAUUAGUAGAGAUGGUGGACCACAUUUAGAUAAAUUAUUAUGGUCUAAAUUACGAGAAAUUGGGAUGACAGAAACUCAAUUAGAAGAAUUAACUAAUCAAUCUGAACCUGAUUGGGAAAUGGUUGAUGAAGAUACACUUCGAGUUAAAGAUCAAAUUUUAAGAAAACCAUUUGUUGAAAAACCCGUUGAUGGUGAAGAUCAUAAUGUAUAUAUUUAUUAUCCAAAGGCUACUGGUGGUGGAGGUAGAAGAUUAUUUAGAAAAAUUGGGAAUAAAUCUUCAGAAUUUGAUCCUGAAUUAUCAACUCCAAGAAUUGAUGGAUCAUUUAUUUAUGAAGAAUUUAUGGAUACUGAUAAUUUUGAAGAUGUUAAAGCUUAUACAGUUGGUUCAACUUUCUGUCAUGCCGAAACUAGAAAAUCUCCAGUAGUUGAUGGAAUUGUUCGUAGAAAUACUCAUGGUAAAGAAGUUCGAUAUGUUACUGAAUUAAGUGCACAAGAAACUCUUAUGGCCCAAAAUGUUAGUGCUACAUUUAAACAAACUAUUUGUGGAUUUGAUUUACUUCGAGUUAAUGGGAAAUCUUAUGUUAUAGAUGUUAAUGGAUUUUCAUUUGUUAAAGAUAAUCUUGAAUAUUAUGAUUCAUGUUCAAGAAUUCUUCGAAAUUUAUUUAUUGAAGCUAAAAAAUCUCGAGAUUUAAUUAAAGAUAAAACUCCUACGGUAACUAAAUUACUUAAUAAAAGUCAAUUUGAAGAAAAAGAACAAAAAUGGGUAUUUAAAGGUAUGGUUUCAGUUAUUAGACAUGCUGAUAGAACUCCUAAACAAAAAUUUAAAUAUUCAUUUAGAUCUCCAUUAUUUAUAUCACUUUUAAAAGGUCAUAAAGAAGAAGUUAUAAUUAGAGCUGUACCUGAUUUACAAGUAGUAUUAGAAACAGUUAAAAUUGCUGAAGAAAAACAAUUAGAAGAUUUAAAGAAAUUAAAACAAUUAAGAGGAGCAUUAGAAAAGAAGAUGAAUUUCCCGGGAACUAAAGUUCAAUUAAAACCUGCCUUAAAUGCCGAGAAUCCUGAUAUAGUUGAAAAAGUUCAAUUAAUUCUUAAAUGGGGAGGAGAACCAACUCAUUCAGCCAAACAUCAAGCCACAGAUGUUGGAGAACAAUUAAGACAAUAUAUUAAAUUAAUUAAUAAAGAUGCUUUAAAAGAUGUUAAAGUAUUUACUUCAUCUGAAAGAAGAGUUAUUGCCAGUGCUAAUUUACUGACUGUAGCUUUAUUAGGACUUGAUAAAGAAGGUGAAACUUUACCAGAAGAUUUUUUAAUUGUUCGUAAAGAUUUAUUAGAUGAUUCUAAUGCGGCAAAGGAUCUUAUGGAUAAAGUUAAGAAGAAAUUAAAACCAUUAUUAAGAAAGGGAGCAGAAGCUCCUCCACAAUUUACUUGGCCUCCAAAGAUGCCUCAACCAUUUGUAGUUAUUAAAAGAGUAUGUGAACUUAUGAAUUUCCAUCAUAAGAUUAUGGAAUAUAACUUUGAACAUAAGAAUGUUGAUGAAUUCCAAACCAAUUGGUGUUGUGGAGAAGAUCCUUUAUUAUUUAAAGAACGUUGGGAUAAAUUAUUUCAAGAAUUCAUUAGUGUAGAAAAGACUCAUCCUUCUAAAAUAUCUGAAUUAUAUGAUACUAUGAAAUAUGAUGCUUUACAUAAUCGACAAUUUCUUGAAAAGGUAUUUUCAUUUGAUCCUAGUGAUGAACGUCUUAUGACUGAAUUAGGUAAAUCAUGUGGAGAUACAAUCAAUUCUUCAGGACUUGUUAGUGAAUAUCCUAUAAAUAUAUUAGCCAUGAAUAAUUUUAGAAUUCCUGAUAAUUCAAAUAAUUCAACGACAAUUGCUGGAUCAGUUAGUCCACCAAAUUCUGAUUCAGGACCAAAUUCUUCAACCAAUUUAACAGCAGCAAAUGUUCUGUCAACUUCAGCAUCUGCUGGUUCAUUAGGUUGGGUAUUACAAGCUGCUUCUGCUUCAGGUCAAGAUGUUAAUGAAUCCAAAAAACGUUCAGAUAAUCCAUUUGAUCAUCCAACUUUUGCUCGAUUAAGAGAAUUAUAUCGAUUAUCUAAAGUGUUAUUUGAUUUUAUAUGUCCUCAAGAAUAUGGAAUUAAAGAUGAUGAAAAAUUAGAUAUUGGAUUACUUACUUCAUUACCAUUAGCUCGAUCAAUUCUUUCUGAUAUUCAAGAUAUGAAGAAACAUAAUACUGCAGCAGUAGUUAAUUAUUUUACUAAGGAAUCUCAUAUUUAUACUCUACUUAAUAUUAUUUAUGGAUCACAAAUUCCUAUGAAGAUUGCCAGAAAUGCAUUACCAGAAUUAGAUUAUUUAUCACAAAUUGUAUUUGAAUUAUAUGAAGCCGAGGAUUCUCAUAGUCCUGGAGGUAAAAAGCAUUCUAUUAGAUUAUCAUUAUCACCUGGUUGUCAUACUCAAGAUCCAUUAGAUAUUCAAUUGGAUGAUGAUCAUUAUAUUGGAUGUAUUCCACGACUUAGUUUGACUAGACAUUUAGAUAUGGAUUUAGUAACUCAACGAUUAAAGUCCCGAUUCUCGAGAGUUUCGUUACCGAAGAAGUUUACUCCGGUGAAUAUUUCGAGUCCAUUAGCGUAUGGUAUAUGAUGUAAAGUAUGUAAAGUAAAGUAUGUAAGUAUAAAGUAUAAAGUAUAAAGUAUAAAGUA